UUCCUGCUCUCUCUCUCUCUCUCUCUCUCUCUCUCUCUCUCUCUCUCUCUCUCUCUCUCUCUCUUCUCCACCCCUAUCUCUUUACGGGACUCUGGCAGGCCGGUAUUCCAGGAAUGUGUGGAACAUGGCGGCCGCAGCGAAGGCUCCGAAAAGCGGUCUGCUCGAGGUUCGCGUGGCCGCGGAGCGCUGGAACCGGGUGUUGGCUUCACUCAGCGCGGACACGCUCACUCUAAGCCCGGGGGAGGUGAGCGCUGAGGCGGCUAAAAGCACGCCGGCCCCCGGCGGUACUAUGAAUGGAGAGCCGGGCCACCUGAGCGCUCCCGCUGUCCCGGAUUCCAUCAGCAACGUGAAGAGAACCGUGCGAGUUACCAAACAGGACGUAGGAGGACUCGGCAUCAGCAUUAAAGGAGGUAAAGAGAACAAGAUGCCCAUAUUGAUUUCUAAGAUCUUCAAAGGACUCGCAGCAGACCAAACCGAGUCCCUGUAUGUCGGUGACGCUAUUUUAUCUGUCAACGGAUGUGACCUACGAGAAGCUACUCAUGAUGAAGCCGUGCAAGCUCUGAAAAAGACAGGGAAAGAGGUCAUUUUGGAGGUAAAGUACAUAAAAGAGAUGUCUGCGUUUUUUAAGAACGCGUCUUCGGGUGCUCCUCCUCUUCUGGACUCUCCUCCCCCCACCCCACAGAAGCAGGCCGACCCAGUCAUGAAGGAGACCAGAACCAUCCCGCUGAAAAUGUGCCACGUUACACGCAAGCAAUGUCCUCCAGACACAGAGGACAGAUAUUUUGAGGUGGUGUCAGCAGACAGGAAGCUGUCUGCGUUUUUGAGGGCAAAGGAUCCUGCGAUGGCCCAGUCAUGGUAUACUGCUAUCCAAGCAAGUUGUGCUGCACUACUCUCUACAGUUAAAGACAGCCUCAGCGCCCUGCAAUCGGGCAUAGACAUCACACAUGUCGGCUGGAUCAUAGAGCAGGGAUCCGAGAAGCCGAUACUGGCAGUGCUGACAGACAGAGAUCUGUUGUUGUACAGCUAUUUGCCUGAGAGCAGGGAGAGUCUUAACAGCCCAGAUAAGAGCCAUCCACUCAUUACUACCAGGCUUGUUCAUUCUGGGCCUGGAAAGAGUUCAUCAGGACAGGAUUCUGAUUUAACGUUCGGCCUGCGUUUAGGUACUAAGCACGGUGUAGAGACCCAUCUGUUCCGUGUGGACACUGCAAAAGAACUAUCCACUUGGAGCCACCUCCUGGUGGAGGGCUGUCACACUGCUGCCGAGCUCAUCCAGGAAGUCACUACAGCAUGCAGUUGGAAUGGUCAGUCAUGCAUGCUCAGUGUGCACAUAGAGAACGGUUUCACCUUGUUCACCGAGGAGGCAGGUGUGAGGAGACACAUUCUUCUGCAGCAGCCAUUCGAGCGUCUGCGCAUGUCCUCUGACGACGGAGUGCGCAUGAUCUUCCUUGACUUUGGAGGCCCCGAGGCAGAGAUUCAACUGGAUCUUCAUGCCUGUCCUAAGACCAUCGUCUUCAUCAUUCACUCUUUCCUCUCAGCCAAGGUGAAGCGUUUAGGUCUGCUUGCAUGAGUGCUGAUGUUUAAAACCCCACACCCAGUUACGACAACAUGAGCCAAGAGAGUCAGAAGGUGGACCAGACAGAUGUAAACCCAUUGGUGGAAUCCUGCCACUGUUAUUCAACAAACAAUUUAAAGCCGUGCAUCAAAAAGCGUUGAUCUUAUUUUAUUUUUUGAGAAUAUUUUGUGUGCCAUAUCAAUUUGUAUGAAACAAUUGUCGCAGACAAAAAAGCAAAGCAAAUUUUUGCAGGCACACGUCACUGAAGAAAAAAAAAAAUCAUGGCUAACAAUGAGUUAAUUCCAGCAGGGAACGUUGGUGUAGUCCAGACUAAUAGAAUUGAGGUACUGUAAUGAUGAACUUCACAUCAGUGGUCAAAUGAAAUCUUCAGUAUAUUUUUUAUAUUUCUAUUGCUUCCAAAUCAUGCAGUUUAAUACAGAAUAAAUACAUGGGAUUAAUAUAUGCACCCUUUAAACUAUCACAGAGUUUUACACCACCUAAAACAGAGCCGUUUGAAUCUCCCCAGCCUCACUGGCUUCAAAUCACUGUUAGUCACACUGCAAUGAGAGGCACACUGCCUGUGAAAAGUUACUGAGCACCCUAUAUUUAAGUAUUUUUAAAAAUAUUUUUCAUUAAAUAAUGUUUGUGACUUGUAUUACACCUAAUACAAGCACUUUCAAUAAGUGUUAUAAACACAAAAUCCUUAGUCUAGAAGAUUGCCAUCAGGAUCUAAGAGCUUUUCCAGUUAAAAUGUCAGGUCAAAUGCAGAGAUGGAGAUCUUUGUUGGAACAAAGACCUGAUUCUUUACAUUUACUAUAUUUAAUUACCAGUCUCUACUUUUCAGUUGUGUCUGUGGCACUAAUAGUCCUUAAACUGUAAUAAAACUUAAAAAAAAAACAAUUCCAGGUGUCAGAAAACUUGUGACUGACAGUGUAAAAUGGUCCUUUCAUGUGGUUAUGGGUGUAAUUAGAAUAUCCAGGACGCACCAUGCCAUUAGGAGACAACAUAAGCGCUCUUUAAAUGCACCAAUGAGAAAGUGGGCUGUGAGUGUGGGACUUUGGGAAUGUCUGAUUCAGAAUCACAACACAUUACCGCAGCCUUCCUCGGUCCUUGUAAGACGUAAACUGAAACAGAAUUUAUCAAGCAAACCCCUUCUUCUGUUUUGCCACAGAACAUUAGUACCCCAGCUAAUGAAUUUUGAUGUCAUUCUCUUCUCCUGAGGGGAAAAAAACCCUAUUCAGUGAGGCUUCUAACAGACAGGCAGUCGAAUCUAAUUCUGUUUUUCACAUACCUAAUAUUGUACACGAUUUAAUCCUUUUUCUAUUCAGAAUCAAUCUUUUCCUGGCAGCUUGUCAAAAUAAGAAAUUGUAUCAGUUCAAAACUAAAUCACAUUCAAACUUAUUUAUUCAUACAACCUUACAGUUGAAAUGAAAAUUGAACUCGUAUCAGGCACCGUUCUCUAAUCAUACACUCCAACCCUGAGAUAUUAAUUAUUUGACGUUUGAGUGCUACACUUUUAUUUGAAGAAUUUAGUUAUUUAACAAUGACAAAAUGUAUGCAAUGCACCAGAGUACUAAGCAUUACUGAGCACACCAAGCUGACUUUUACAAAAAUAUAUGUAUAAAAAUCUUACACAAAAUCUGAAAACUCAAUUAUUUAUUGUCUUACUAUGAAACCCAUUUGUUUUUCAGAGGUUUCUUCCUAACCUUUUUUUUCUUUAAGUUGUCCUAUUAUGUUGCUAUAAUGCAUAACCAUGGUGUAUUUUGAAAGAAACUUGUUAAAGCCUUAAAAUGUUAACGUUACAAAUGUUUUUUUUUUGUUUUGUUUUGUUUUUUCUUAUGUAACCAUGUAACCAGUAUUUCAACAAGCACAGGAUUGUUUUAGGGAAGCAAAAGAUAAGAGCAUUAGUAAUGUUUCCUGAAUGAAAUCUUCUUUGACCGUCACUUUGUUUUAGUGCUACGGCUACGAAAAUUAGCAUCUUUAAGGUCUGUGUUAAUGCCUACAAACUAAUUUUUGUAUCCACCAAACAUGUACACUAGUGCUAAGGACCCUUGACUGCAGUGAAAAAAUUGUUGAAAUUGUUUUGUUUUAUGAUUUUAAAUUUGAUUGACACACACAAACAGACACACACACAGAAACAAAAAGUAACUGCAACUGUAUCGGUUUUGUGUUGAUUGGAUAAGUAGGUAUCAUUUAUUAUGGUGGCCUUUCAGAAAAAUCCUAUAAAUUAAUAUAUACUUAAAACUCAAAUAUGUUAGCUCUUAAAACCGAGACAAAAUUUUAUUGUACAUGCUUAUUUAAACAAGAGUGUGCCUUACAGGGUUGUUUGUACAUAAAAUAAAAUUUAAUAAACUUUCCUUCUUGACUUACA